GAAAUGGCAAGGAAAAAUGCAACACUGCUGACAGAAUUUGUUCUCACAGGACUCCUGUGUCAACCAGAGUGGAAAAUCCCCCUGUUCCUGGUGUUUUUGGCGAUAUACCUCAUCACUAUGGUAGGGAAUCUGGGUCUGAUUACUAUCAUCAGGAAGGACCCUCAUCUUCACACACCCAUGUAUUUUUUCCUUGGGAAUUUAGCCUUUGUAGAUGCUUGGUUAUCAUCCACAGUAACACCAAACAUGCUGGUUAAUUUAUUGCAGAAAUAUAAGAUAAUAACUUUCAUUGAAUGCAUAACACAAUUUUUCUCUGUUGCAGCCAGUGUAACCAUAGAAUGUUUUCUGUUGGCAGCAAUGGCUUAUGAUCGUUAUGUGGCUAUAUGCAAACCUUUACUUUAUCCAGGGAUUAUGACCAAUAGACUAUGCAUCCAACUAUUAGUUUUAUCAUUGGUGAGUGGUUUUCUUCAUGCCUUAAUUCAUGAAAGUUUUUUAUUCAGAUUAAGCUUCUGCAACUCCAACAUUAUACAUCAUUUUUAUUGUGAUGUCAUUCCAUUGACAAAGAUUUCCUGUACUGAUCCUGCCAUUAAUUAUCUAAUGCUUUUUAUUUUCUCUGGUUCAAUACAAGUAUUCAGCAUCAUGACAAUUUUUCUUUCUUAUACAUUUGUUAUCUUUACUAUUUUACUAAAAAAGUCUGAAAAGGGUGUAAGCAAAGCCUUUUCCACCUGUGGAGCCCAUCUCCUGUCUGUGUCUUUAUACUAUGGCCCUCUUCUCUUCAUGUAUGUUCAUCCUACAUCUUCACAAAUAGAGGAUAGGGAUAUGGUCUUUUCUCUGUUCUAUACUGUAAUAAUCCCUGUGUUAAAUCCUUUUAUCUACAGUUUGAGAAACAAGCAAGUCACAAAAUCAAUGACAAAAAUGUUGAAAACAGUUGGUUAG